GUUCUUCUUCACGGGGAGCCUUCUCCACGACUCCACCUUCUUAUAUCUCUCUAUCUCUGCUCCGCUCAAACAGAUUUGUGCUUUCAACUUCACGUAGUGUUUUCUUCUUUUUGUAAGAAAGAUUAAGAUAGGAGGAGAAAGAUGAGGGGGCUGACCUGUAACGCCUGCAAUAGGGAGUUUGAAGACGAUGCGGAGCAGAAGCUCCAUUACCGUUCAGAAUGGCACCGAUACAAUCUUAAGAGAAAGGUAGCUGGAGUUCCCGGGGUUACAGAAUCUUUAUUUCAGGCUAGACAAUUAGCUUUAGCUGAAGAGCACGAAAAGAAAAGUGAAGCACCUGCGUUAUACUGUUGUGCUCUAUGUGGAAAGGAGUAUAGGAGCUCCAAAGCUCACUCUCAACAUCUCAAAUCAAGAAUGCAUAUGGUGAAAGCUUCUCAAGAGGCAGGGACGACAGCUAGCAUUACUAUAAUUAAGCCUCUUACAGAUCGUUCACCAAGCAAGUCAGCUUCAAGUAGUAAGAAUCCAACAUUUAGAGGAAAUAAUGAUGAAGAAAAUGAUGAGAGUGAGGAUUCUGAAUGGGAGGAGGUUGACCCUAAUGAAGAUAUGGAGGAGGCAUCUGAAUCCUUAACAAAUCUUCAUGUAGAUGAAGGAACUUCAAGCUCUGGCAUUGUCAAGAGCGAGGACAUUGAUGAAGACGAAGAGUUGGAUGUUUCAUGUUGUUUUAUCUGUGAUUGUAAACUUGAUGGCAUUGAAGGUUGUCUGGUUCACAUGCACAAAGCGCAUGGCUUCUUUAUUCCAGAUGUUGAGUAUUUGAAGGAUCCCACAGGACUUCUGACAUAUGUUGGUCUUAAGGUCAAGAGGGAUUUCACAUGCUUGUAUUGUAAUGAGAGAUGCCAGCCUUUUCAAAGCUUGGAAGCAGUAAGGAAGCACAUGAUUGCGAAAGGGCAUUGCAAACUUCGCUAUGGUGAUGGAGGUGAUGAUGAGGAUGGAGAUCUUGAAGACUUUUAUGACUAUAGAAGCAGCUACAUGAAUGAGAAUGGGAAGCAACUAGUGGCAGUGGACGAUGCAUCACGAAGUGUGGAGCUAGGAACUGGAGGGGCUGAACUAAUCAUUACACGAAAGACUGAGAAUGGGACUGUAGUUCGCAUUUUUGGUUCCAGAGAGUUUCUACGGUACUAUCGUCAGAAACCACGACCUUCUCGCGACAGCAACAUUGAACUUGCUAUCUCAUUAGCUUCCAGGUAUAGGAGCAUGGGCUUAGCAACAUCAAACCAGAACUUAGUGAGGAUGAAAAUUCUGAAGGAGAUGAACCGCAGCGGAGUGGAAGCUCUGCGCACAAAGAUUGGAAUGAAGAGUAACGUCAUCAGGAACCUCCCUAAGAACGUCCCUUAUUAAUCAUUUGCAGAUAUUUUAGCCUCUUGUGUCUUAAGAGCUGACGCUUUAAGCUUCAAAUGUUAUUGAAACAAGAUGGUUUGUUGUCGCAGCUGCAACUGCAAGGGCUUCAAUGGUGAAGUUGCCAUCUUUCCUUUUUCUGGCAAGAUAAUUUUUAAUGUUUUUGGAGGUUUGAACUUCAUUUUUAUCAGAAAUUUUGCUAAUAUAUUAGAGUGAGUUUUGUACACGCAAAAUUUUGGUUA